GUUCCCCUCCACAGAGAAUCUUCAGUCAUUCAACCUGAGUCGAAAGCGACAACCUCUCUUCUACAAUUGCAUAGCGAAGAACUAAAGAGCACGCUGGAUACCAGUCUUGAUUUCAAAUCCAUUCUAGUGUCCAUGUGCCGGUGAACCCUUUGCUCUCCUCCCCAUCCCAGCUGAGUGAGCGCAUUGAAGAUGUCCCAAUCAUUGCGCCCUUAUCUUCAAUGUGUGCGCUCCUCUCUGACGGCUGCUCUUUCUCUCUCAAACUUCGCUUCUCAAGCCUCAGAAAGACACAAUGUCCCCGAGAUCGAGGCAGCUAGUUCGCCAGAAGUCCUGCUGAACCCUCUCACAAUCGCCCGAAAUGAGAACGAGAAGGUUCUAUUAGAACCCAGCGUGAACAGUGUGCGAGUGAGCAUCAGAAUAAAGCAGGCAGACGAGAUUGAGAAUAUCCUUGUCCACAAGUUCACGCGUUUCCUUACUCAGCGUGCCGAGUCCUUCUUCAUUCUACGACGGAAGCCAGUCAAAGGUUACGAUAUCUCGUUUUUGAUCACAAACACUCACACGGAAGAAAUGCUCAAGCAUAAGUUGGUGGAUUUCAUCAUCCAGUUCAUGGAGGAAGUCGACAAGGAAAUCUCGGAGAUGAAGCUCUUCCUGAACGCCAGAGCUCGCUUUGUGGCUGAAUCAUUCUUGACUCCGUUCGACUAGAUUUGAGGUGUUUGACAACAUAAAAGUACAAGAGCCGCAGAUCAUGCUCGAGUGGUGGUAUUGGCGGGCCUCACUACAGGUCCAGUCAUUUUGGCUGAGCCUACACAAGGCUGCGGAUAAAUCACGACCCCUGAGAUCAUGUGACUACGAGCCAACGACAUGCCAAUCACGCAGAAUACUUGGAGCAGCAUGGGGUUGACGAUGGGCCAUGUCGAAUGAUGGACAAUGGACCGGUGGCAAAUGUCAUGGCUCCCAUCAUUCUGUUCUCUACAGAGGUUGAAUGCAAAGUCCAUUGUUCGGCAGUCAUCUUGUCUCACGUGCCAACGUUCUAUUAGGGCCAUUCAAAAUGUUUUGUGAUCAUUAGACUGAGACAGUCCCCCCAGAAAUACAGGUCGGACUCUGAGGAACGCCAGCUCGUUCGCCCCCUCGCCAUCUCUGCAUUGAAGAUGGAGCGCUACAACAGACGGCGAAACCCCCGCUGGCGACCACCCGAGUCAACAACGCGGUCCACAUACGACCGGCACUAUCUCCAGAUUUCCCCCGGGCGGUCUGGCGGACGCCAAGCUAGUUCUCUCAAUUGUAUGGGGAGACAGACAAGUGAGGCCAGAAUUUGGCCUUUUGGAUGCCCUGAAUCAAUAUCACGGACUCGCCGCCUUCGACUAUUCACCGAAUCUGGCGGCGCACGGGAAACAGGGCUGUCGUUCUGGUUUUUUUGAGUGCAGCGUCUGAUCUCUCACUUUUGCGUUCGACUGGUGUUUUGCGUGCCCAAGGAUUUCUCGGUCUCUGCCUCGUCUCCUUCUACUUAAACUGCCUCCUCUUCUCCCUCGCGUUGCUGUUGUUGUUGUUUCCUCUUUCAUCACUUCCACCUUUCUUCCUUUCCUUCCUUCAUCUCUCUCUCUUGAUGUGUUUGACGUUACUUUGAGGAUUGUCUGUCACCAUGGAAGGCCAGCCGGGGUUCAGCUCUG